AUGACUGAAAGGAGGGCUUAUGCUGGUGUUCUUUAUCACUUAAAUUUAGGAACUAAAACACACAACCUAACAGUGAUGUUUGGUGACAUAAAGUUUGUCUGUGUUGGUGGCAGCCCUAACAGAAUGAAAGCUUUUGCUCAGCUCAUGCACAAAGAACUUGGACUUGAAGGAGAUGGGAAAGACUUGAAAGAUAUUUGUGCUGGGACAGAUCGGUACUCUACGUACAAGGUUGGACCAGUGCUCUCCAUCAGCCGUGGGAUGGGUAUUCCUUGCAUUUCUAUUAUGCUUCAUGAACUAAUCAAAUUACUACACCAUGCAAAACGCCGUGAUGUUACUAUUAUACGCAUCGGUACUUCUGGGGGCUUAGGCAUUGACCCUGGAACUGUUGUAAUAACAGACAUUGCAGUGGAUUCAUUUCUUAAGGCUCGGUUUGAGCAGGUGAUACUGGAUAUAGUUGUACGAAGCACUGAACUCGAUAAGGACCUUGUUGAGGAGCUACUGAACUGCAGCAAAGAGAUUCAUGACUUUCCAACACUUAUUAGGCAUACUAUGUGCACCUAUGAUUUUUAUGAGGGUCAAGGACAAUUAGAUGGAGCAUUGUGUUCUUUUUCCAAUGAAAAGAAGUUGGCGUACUUAAAGAGAGCUUACGAUGCUGGUGUUAGAAAUAUUGAAAUGGAGUCAACUGUAUUUGCUGCUAUAUGUGGACUUUGUGGUCUAAAAGCUGCUGUUGUCUGUGCUGUCUGUGUCCUUAACGGAUUUGAAGGUGACCAGAUCAAGGCACCCCAUGAAGUUCUAGUAGAAUAUCAGCGACGGCCUCAGCAUCUGAUCUCACUUUUUAUCAAAAAGCGUCUUGGGUUAUAUAACCAAAUGGAAUUACUAGACAAUGCAUUUUUCCUUAAUAACUAA